UUUGAUGGAAGCUUGAUUGAGAUUGGUCAGAAGAGUCUAGAUGAGCCUGAGGUUCUCUAUCAUGAGUUAAAUUUGACUGAGUCCAUGCCUGUAAUAGGCCCAGAAGGUAGUCAUACUUCAUUUCUUCAGGAGGGUUGCUUUCCAGAGAUUAUAGAAAGCUAUAUUUUGUCAGACUUAUGCCCUCUGUCAGAGUUAUGCGUAGGUAUACAUUCUGAUGAGCCUUCUCUUCAAACAUUGAGGGAUGUAGAACAUAGAGAUAUUGGUAAAGAAACUGGUGGAUGGUAUGGAGGCAACUCUUUUGAAGUACUAGAAAAUCACAUUUCAGAGGAAAGUGAACAAAUUGGAUUAAUAAAGGCUUCAGAUCAUAUCAUGAUUCCAUCCAUUGAAAGUUCACCACACAGUGAGCCUUGUGGCCGUGUGGUUCUUAAAAAAAUUGAUAUAAGAUGGAAAAUGUAUGGGGGUUUGGACUGGCCUGAUUCAGGAAAAAGUGGACAGCAUUCUGGCAGAGAUACAGCUAUUUUGUUGGAAUUGGCAUUGUCUGGCAUGAAAUUUCAGUAUGAUGCAUUUCCCGGAGGUGGAUUACUUGUAUCUAAGAUGUCUGUGUCUGUUCAAGAUUUUUAUCUGUAUGACAGAGGCCAAGAUGCACCUUGGAAACUGGUACUAGGAUAUUAUCACUCAAAAGGUCGUCCUCGGGAAUCUCAUUCAAAAGCAUUUAAGUUGGAAUUGGAGGCAGUGAGACCAGAUCCUCUAACUCCCCUUGAGGAGUAUAGGUUAAAUGUUGCUGCUCUGCCUUUACUGGUGCAUCUACAUCAAUCCCAGCUUGAUUUUCUUGUUAAUUUCUUUGGGGGAAAAGCCUCCUCAAAUGAUCAGUGUCCUAAUAAUUUCCAAGAUUUGGAGGGUUCAAAAUCUUUGCCAGAGAGAAGUAAUGAUCUCGAACACUCUUCAAUUGCUCAGGAGGCACUGCUUCCUUAUUUUCAGAAGCUAGAUAUAUGGCCUAUUCUUAUUCGAGUUGAUUAUAGUCCCAAGCACGUAGAUCUAGCAGCAUUAAGACAUGGAAAAUAUGUAGAACUUGUAAAUCUUGUCCCUUGGAAGGGGGUUGAGCUAAACCUGAAACAUGUUCAUGCUGCUGGCAUCUAUGGUUGGGGCAGUGUUUGCGAAACAGCUGUUGGAGAGUGGUUGGUAGAUAUAUCACAGAGUCAGGUUCAUAAAAUACUGCAAGGGCUUCCUACUGUACGCUCAUUAAUUGCUGUUGGUACUGGUGCUGCUAAGCUGGUUUCAUCUCCAGUUAAAAACUAUAAGAAGGAGCGGAGAGUGCUCAAGGGAUUGCAGAGAGGUACCAUUGCGUUUCUUCGAAGCCUUUCUCUUGAAGCUGUUGGGCUUGGAGUUCAUUUAGCUGCUGGAGCCCAUGACAUUCUGCACCAAGCAGAGAUCCUUGCAAGCAAACCUUCUCCAGUUUCUUUGCCUCCGAAAGAUAAAUUGAACACGGAUGUUCGAUCUAAUCAACCUAAAGAUGCUCAAGAGGGAAUUCAACAGGCUUAUGAGACCCUCAGUGAUGGCUUGGGAAAAUCUGCUGCUGUGUUGGUUCAGAACCCCUUGAAAAAAUACCAACGUGGCUCUGGUGCAGGACCGGCAUUGGCAGCUGCAGUUCGAGCAGUUCCUGCAGCCGCCAUAGCUCCUGCUUCUGCUUGUGCCAGUGCAGUACACUAUGCUCUUCUUGGAUUCAGAAAUAGCCUUGAUCCCGAACGUAAACGAGAGUCCAUGGAGAAGUAUUGUCCAACACAACCAUGGGACGAAGAAUGAUUAAUGAUGGCAAUAGCGAAUGUUAAAUAUUUCUUGCUGAUUCUUUGUGCAGAUUAUUGUGUGAGGAUUGAGUAGUUGAUAGUCUUGCAUACUGACAGGAGAUUGAAGGAGCUCUAAAAAUCAAUGGCAGUGUCCUGUGUAUCAUAUCUGUACAGUAGCGGAACGGGGCAGUGAGCUGAUUCUUUAUGAUCAAGAUUAAUUGUAUAUAUAUCCUGUCCUUAUUCAAACGGAAGUCGUAGUAAGGUAUAGUGACCCAAUUGCUUUAGCCUAUAGUUAGAUCGUGUACAGAAUUAUUUAAUAUCAUUCUUUCAAAACCUUGAUAAUGAUAUCCAUGUAUAUUUACCAUUAUUUGUUGUAAAAUUUAGUGUGCAACGUUAUUAUUACUCACCUUACUGUCCAAUUUUUUAAUUUACUUUGCCA